AUGUCUCCCAGAAACUCAGACAUCCAAGUGGGAGAUAUCGACAAGCCUGGCACCGACAAUGUCGAGGUAGUCGCCAAUUCUGACAGACCCAAUGCUCAGAAAGAAGCACCGGCCUACGUUGCCAGUCUGACACCCGAAGAACGCGCAAAAGUCGAGAAAGCCCUCGUCCGCAAAAUUGACAUCCGUCUACUACCCAUGAUAAUCAUCAUGUAUAUCCUCAACUAUCUCGAUAGAAACAAUAUCGCCUCUGCUCGACUAGCAGGCCUUGAGGAAGACCUAGGUCUUGUGGGCAACCAGUUCGCGACCUGCGUCAGCAUAUUAUUCGUCGGUUAUUUGUUGAUGCAGAUCCCGUCCAACCUUAUGUUAAACAAAUUCGGCAAGCCAGCCAUCUACCUCCCGGUGGCGAUGGUUCUCUGGGGUGUCAUUUCCACCGCUACAGCGGCUGCUCAAAGCUACGCCGGCCUCGUGGUCAUCCGCUUCUUUCUAGGUUUCGUUGAGGCCGCCUACUUCCCAGGCUGUUUAUACUUCCUAAGUGUUUGGUACACCCGCAAGGAGCUGGGCUUCCGCACUGCAGCGCUGUACUCUGGAUCCUUACUCUCGGGUGCUUUCUCGGGUCUGAUCGCAGCAGGUAUUACUAGCAACAUGGACAGCGUGCUAGGAAUGCGCGCCUGGCGAUGGUUAUUCAUCAUCGAGGGUGCUGUCACCAUAGCGAUUGCUUUUAUCGCGGUUUUCGUUCUUCCCAAUUUCCCUCGCACCACUAGCUGGCUUUCUGAGGAAGAGAAGCAACUAGCCGUGUGGCGUUUGGAAGAAGACAUUGGUGAAGACGACUGGGUCGAUAGCGAGCACCAGACCUUCCUACAUGGAGCCAAACUAGCAUUCGCAGACAUUAAGACCUGGGUCCUGAUGCUCAUGAUCCUUUGUAUUGUCUCCUCCGCCUCAGUCACCAACUUCUUCCCGACAGUCGUCAAAACACUUCAAUUCGGCAAUAUCGAGACUCUUCUAUUGACAGCCCCACCUUACUGUCUGGCCGUUAUCUGCGCCUUUGCCAACGCAUGGCAUGCAGACCGUACAGGAGAGCGGUACUUCCAUAUCACCGCACCGCUAUAUAUUUCCGUCGUGGCAUUCAUCAUUGCGGCUACUACUACAGCUACUGCCCCCCGCUACGUGGCGAUGAUGCUCAUGGUGCCAUCUUUUUACUCCGGUUAUGUUGUUGCCCUCGGGUGGAUCUCAAAUACCCUUCCUCGUCCGGCUGCGAAGCGUGCCGCUGCUCUGGCUGCUAUUAACUGUGUUAGUAAUGCCAGCAGUAUCUAUGCUAGCUAUAUGUAUCCUAAUUCCCACGCUCCAAGAUUUGUUCCCGCCAUGGCUGUCAACUGCGCAACAGCUUUCAUCGCCAUUGUCUCUGCAACGGUACUACGGUUUAUGCUCGUACGUUUGAAUAAGAAGCUCGAUCGAGGCGAGGAGGUCGAGGGUGCUGUCCCUGGCGAAGGAAGUCGUCGUGGUUUCCGCUUCUUAGUUUAA